CGGGACUUCCGGGGCGGUGGUUGCAUCAGAUUCUGAGAAGCUGUCGCCGCGGCCGCGGUUCCGGGAUUCUUACGAUGGCAGGUUCCUCUGGGGAGCAGGCUCCCGACUACAGGUGCAUCCUGAGCAUUAGUGACGAGGCAGCCAGGGUGCAGGCCCUGGACGAGCACCUCAGCACGCGUAGCUAUGUGCAGGGGCACUCACUGUCCCAGGCAGACGUGGACGCCUUCAGGCAGCUCUCAGCCCCUCCCUCCGACGCUCGGCUUUUCCACGUGGCUCGCUGGUUCAGGCACAUAGAAGCGAUCCUGGGCAGCCCCCGAGGCAGAGGCGAGCCCAGUGGGCUCCAAGCAAGUAAAGGCCGGCGGGUGCAGCCUCAGUGGUCUCCUCCCGCCCGGUCCGAGCCGUGCAAGCUGCGCCUUUACAACAGCCUCACCCGGAAUAAGGACGUGUUUAUACCUCAAAAUGGGAAAAAGGUGACAUGGUAUUGCUGUGGGCCGACCGUCUACGACGCAUCUCACAUGGGGCACGCCAGGUCCUAUAUCUCCUUCGAUAUCUUGAGAAGAGUGUUGAGGGAUUACUUCAAGUUUGACGUCUUUUACUGCAUGAACAUCACAGACAUUGAUGAUAAGAUCAUCAAGAGGGCCCGGCAGAACUACCUGUUUGAGCAGUAUCGGGAGCAGAAGCCACGGGCAGCACAGCUCCUGGAGGACGUUCACACCGCCCUAAAGCCGUUUUCAGUAAAAUUAAACGAGGCGACGGAUCCCGACAAAAAGCAGAUGCUCGAACGCAUUCAGCACACGGUGACGCUUGCCGCAGAACCGCUGGAGAGGGCCGUGCAGUGCGACCUUGCUGGAGAGGAGCUGGACAGCCGUGUGGAGGUAUUGUUGGAAGAAGCAAAGGAUUUGCUUUCUGACUGGCUGGAUUCCACACGUGGCAGUGAGGUGACUGACAAUUCUAUUUUCUCCAAACUGCCCAAGUUCUGGGAAGAGGAAUUCCACAAAGACAUGGAAGCCCUGAACGUUCUCCCUCCAGACGUCUUAACCCGGGUUAGCGAGUAUGUGCCGGAGAUCGUGAAGUUUGUCCAGAAGAUUGUGGACAACGGUUACGGCUAUGCUUCAAAUGGGUCCGUCUACUUUGAUACCAUGAAGUUUGCUUCUAGUGAGAGACACUCCUAUGGGAAGCUGGUGCCCGAGGCUGUUGGGGAUCAGAGAGCCCUGCAGGAAGGGGAAGGUGACCUGAGCAUCUCGGCAGACCGCCUGAGCGAGAAGCGGUCCCCCAACGACUUUGCCCUGUGGAAAGCCUCCAAGCCGGGGGAGCCGUCCUGGCCGUGCCCAUGGGGAAAGGGGCGGCCGGGAUGGCACAUCGAAUGCUCCGCCAUGGCGGGCACCCUCUUGGGAGCCUCGAUGGAUAUUCAUGGAGGGGGCUUCGACCUCCGGUUCCCCCACCAUGACAACGAGCUUGCGCAGUCAGAGGCCUACUUUGAAAAUGACUGCUGGGUCAGGUAUUUCCUGCACACCGGCCACCUGACGAUCGCAGGCUGCAAAAUGUCAAAAUCGCUCAAAAACUUCAUCACCAUCAAAGACGCUUUGAAGAAGCAUUCAGCCCGGCAGCUGCGGCUGGCCUUCCUGAUGCACUCUUGGAAGGACACGCUGGAUUAUUCGAGCAAUACCAUGGAGUCGGCGCUUCAGUAUGAGAAGUUCAUGAACGAGUUUUUCUUAAAUGUGAAAGAUGUCCUUCGAGCCACUGUUGAUAUAACCGGUCGGUUUGAAAAGUGGGAAGAUGAAGAAGCAGAACUGAAUAAGAGCUUUUACGACAAGAAGACGGCGGUUCACGAAGCCCUCUGUGAUAACGUCGACACGCGCACUGUUUUGGAAGAAAUGCGGGCUCUGGUCAGCCAGUGCAACCUCUACAUGGCAUCCCGGAAGGCUGUGCGGAGGAGGCCCAACCGGGCCCUGCUGGAGAGCAUCGCCGUGUACGUCACCCACAUGCUGAAGAUCUUUGGGGCCAUAGAAGAGAACAGCUCUCUGGGUUUCCCAGUUGGAGGAUCUGAAACCAGCAUAAACCUCGAGUCUGCAGUCACGCCGUACCUUAAGGUGCUGUCGGAUUUCAGAGAAGGAGUGCGCAGGAUCGCCCGGGAGAGAAAAGUCCCGGAGGUCCUGCAGCUCAGCGACACCCUGCGGGACGACAUCCUGCCUGAGCUCGGGGUGCGGUUUGAAGAUCACGAAGGACUUCCCACUGUGGUCAAGUUGGUGGACAGAGACACCUUAUUGAAAGAGAGAGAAGAAAAGAAAAGGGCUGAAGAAGAGAAGAAGAAGAAGAAAGAGGAGGCAGCCAGGAAAAAACAGGAACAAGAAGCGGCAAAGCUGGCCAAGAUGAAGAUCCCGCCCCACGAGCUGUUCCUGUCAGAGAAUGACAAGUACUCCAAGUUCGAUGAAAACGGCCUGCCCACGCACGACGCGGAAGGCAAGGAACUGAGCAAAGCGCAAGCCAAGAAGCUGAAGAAGCUCUUGGAAGCUCAGGAGAAGCUGCACAAGGGGUAUCUGCAGAUGCUUCCCAGCGGAGGCCUCCACGAGGGGGCAGGGGACUGAGUUACCACACUGCCGUCCAUGGCCUGAUGGCUUCCUCUGCCGCAGUGGUGACCGUGCCCCGUGCUCUGGUCGUGUUUACAGUGGGCCUCGGGUCCUAAAUUAAGAAUUCUGUUCCUCGAGGUCCGUGCCGUCGUCGGCUCUGAGGCGUCAGUAAUAAAUUCUUCCCAACAGCGAG